AUGAGUUAUACAAGAAGAAGUCGCUGGUCCUUCUCCAUCGGAGCAAAGAGCCAACUUGCGUCCACUAAAAGCCGCCUUGACGAAGCAAUGGACGAGCUGCUGUUUGUGGCUGACAAAGGCAUAUCUGAGGAGGAGUACAACCAACUUGUCGACCUACUCGAAGGAGCUUCGCACGAUUUUUAUGAACUCGACGCAGAGACUGGCGGCUUUUGGGGUUCUCUGAUGAAUUAUAACAAGUCGAAGAGAGUCAAAGAACAGGCGAAGCAUGUCCAUCGUAGAGUGAUGCUCGUCUCCGACGCAACGAAACGAGGGAUAGGUAAACAGAGGAACAGCCAACACGCACAUCGUGCUUUUGAAGAAGUACAACCCGUUGUUGACCAAACGCAAUCUGCUCCUCCGCAACUGUCUCAUUGUCGGGCAGAGCAGUCGACGCCAAGCCCAGAGGCUUCUACCCCGCAGGUUGUAGUGAACGUCCAGGUGAACCUGGGCAUCCAUUUCAACGUUAUGCAUGUAGGCAGCUAG